AUGAGUUAUACAAAUUGUACUUUUUGUUAUCAAAAGGUACUUUUAAAACAUCCAUCAAGUAGCGGUUUUUAUAAAUGUUGUUUUUGUUAUCAAAAUUUCUUUCCAUUUCAACCAGUUCAACAAAAAUCAUUAAAAAAUAUCGAAGAAUUUAUAAUUAAUAGAAAUGAAAUUACAAAAUAUUUAGGUGGGAUUAUAGGACAAGGAGGUUUUAAAAUUUGUUAUCGUGGCAAAUAUAAAAAUACAUAUGAUAUUGCUAUUUCAGAAGUCCAAUGUAAACUUGAUAACGUUACUUUAAGAGAAGUAGCAAAUGAAUUAAAAAUUUUAAAAGAAUUAAAUCAUAAAAAUAUAGUUCAAUUCAUUGGAUAUUAUGAAUCGGAACGUACGGGAUUUUUAAACAUUAUUACAAAAUAUUAUAAAAAUGGAAAUUUACAAAAGUAUAUGAAUAAUAACCCAAAUCAAGGAAACUAUAGUUUACAAUUUAAAUUUAUUUCCGGAAUUACUGAAGGCGUAUCAUAUCUACACUCAAAAAAUAUAUAUCACAGGGACUUAAAACCAGAUAAUAUUUUACUUUCCGAUAAUUUUACUACAAAAAUUACUGAUUUUGGAGAAUCUAAAUAUAUGGACAAAUUUGCAAAUGAUAUAACAUGUUCUCAACGUGGACAUCAAUAUUUUAGAGCGCCAGAAAUUAAUGGAAAUUAUUAUGAUAUUAAAAAAGUAGAUAUAUAUUCAUUAGCUUUAGUUUUUUGGUCGAUAUUAAAUUGGGGGAUAUUACCAGCGCAUGGUAAUCGUUCAGAUAUUUCUUAUUUGAAUAAUAAUUAUCCUUUAAGUUCAAAUAUAAUUCAAAAAAUGUGGCAAACGGAUCCAAGAAAUAGACCAAGUAUAGAAGAAGUUGUUAUUAUGAUUAAUAGUAUUCGCGCUAAUCGUGAGAAUUUUUUUAGAACGGCAAAUUUUUUACAUUAA